CAUCAUUUCAAACGAAAUCCUUCAUUCUCUUCUCCAUCUUACAACAUACAUAUUCGAACCAGCUUCUUCCCUUCCCUACAAACUUCUUCAAUUCUUCUUUAUAUACAUGUCUAGCUGCUGCCUUAACAUGCCUAAUAUGUUUCCAACUUUAGCUUCUGAGGAUUUUUUGAGUAGCCGGUGCAUAUGGGUGAAUGGACCAGUGAUAGUUGGGGCAGGUCCCUCGGGUCUUGCCGUUGGAGCGGGGCUUAAAAACCAAGGUGUGCCAUUCAUAAUCCUUGAACGAGCAAACUGCAUUGCCUCCCUUUGGCAGAACAGAACUUAUGACCGUCUUAAGCUUCACCUUCCUAAACAAUUUUGCCAGCUACCCAACUUUCCAUUUCCUGAGGACUUCCCUGAAUACCCCACCAAAUAUCAGUUCAUAAGCUACCUUGAGUCCUACGCAAAACACUUUGAUAUAAACCCACAUUUCAAUGAGACAGUGCAGUCAGCCAACUACGAUGAAACAUUUGGUUUGUGGCGAGUCAAAACCAUCGCAACCGGCGGUCCAAACCCAAUCGGAGUCGAAUACAUUUGUCGAUGGCUUGUAGUAGCCACGGGAGAAAAUGCAGAGAAAGUUGUUCCAGAAUUUGAAGGCUUGCAAGAUUUUGGCGGCCAUGUUACACAUGCUUGUGACUAUAAAUCAGGUCAAAGUUACAGUGGAGAACGUGUUCUAGUUGUCGGAUGUGGCAAUUCGGGCAUGGAGGUCUCUCUUGACCUCUGUAAUCAUAAUGCAAAUCCAUCAAUGGUUGUUCGAAGCUCAGUUCAUGUCUUACCAAGGGAAGUUUUAGGCAAAUCAACUUUUGAAUUGGCAGUGUCGAUGAUGAAGUGGCUACCUCUUUGGCUUGUUGAUAAGAUACUGCUUAUUCUUGCGCAUUUGAUACUUGGAAAUACUGAAAAAUAUGGUCUGAAAAAGCCUUGUGUAGGACCUUUAGAGCUAAAAAACACUGCAGGGAAAACUCCCGUAUUGGACAUUGGUGCAUUCCAGAAGAUUAGAUCGGGUGAAAUCAAGAUUGUCCCUGGGAUCAAAAAGUUCUCCAGGGGCAGAGUUGAGCUUGUCAAUGGCGAAACUCUUGAGAUUGAGUCUGUUAUUCUUGCAACUGGGUAUCGUAGCAACGUUCCUUCAUGGCUAAAGGAAAAUGAGUUUUUUUCAUCAGAAGGAGUUCCAAAGAACCCUUUCCCUAACGGAUGGAAAGGGAAAGGAGGACUCUAUGCAGUAGGGUUCACAAGGAGAGGUCUUUCUGGUGCAUCAUUGGAUGCCAUCAGUGUAGCACAUGAUAUUGCCAAAAGCUGGAAAGAAGAAACAAAGCAGAAGAAAAAAUCCAUGGCUGCAAGGCAUAGGCGAUGCAUUUCACAUUUCUGA